CCCCGCGGAGCCGGAAGAGACAGGCGGCGGGCGCUGUCCGGAGCACAACGACCGCGUGGUCGAACUCUUCUGCCGCCGCUGCCGCCGCUGCGUGUGCGCGCUAUGCCCAGUGCUGGGCGUGCACCGCGGCCACCCGGUGGGACUGGCGUUGGAGGAGGCAGCGCAAGUGCAGAAAUUCACCCAAGAAUGUUUGAAACAGUUGGCAACCAAGAAGCAGCAGCAAGCUGACAACGUCACUCAGAUAGAAGAUGCAGCGGAGAAGCUCAAGAUUUAUGCAGAGUCAAGUAAAAGCUGGCUGGCGGGGAAGUUCACGGAACUCAGAUUACUCCUUGAUGAAGAGGAAGUGCUGGCCAAGAAAUUCAUCGAUAAAAAUGUGCAGCUCACCCUUCAAGUGUACAGAGAGCAGGCCGAGGCGUACCAGGAGCAAAUCCGUGUCAUAAACACUCUCUCCAGCAGGGUCUGCAGUAUCAGCCAGGAGUCCAACCCUGUGCAGAAGCUGCAGGCAUACACAGCCACCGAGCAGGAGUUGCAGCAGCAGAUGAGCCUCGGGGAGCUGUGCCAGCCUGUGCCCGUCUCCUUCGAGCCCGUCAAGAGCUUCUUCAAGGGCCUCAUGGAAGCCCUGCAGAGCACCUUACAGAAGCCACUGGACAUUCGCCUCAAGGAAAACGUGACCUGCCAGCUCUUGGGCUCCUCCCACACCAAGCCCGGUACCUUUUUGAAAACAAGCCCCUCACCAGAGCGAUGGCUCUUCUUAAAAUACGCGCGCACGCCCACGCUGGACCCGGACACGAUGCACGCUCGCCUGCGCCUCUCCCCAGACCUCCUCACGGUACGCUGCGCCCUGCUGGGCCGCCUGGGGCCGACGCCCGCGCUGCGCUUCGACGCGCUCUGGCAGGUGCUGAGUCGCGACUGCUUCGCCGCCGGCCGCCACUACUGGGAAGUGGACGUGCAGGAGGCGGGGGCCGGCUGGGGCCCCGACGCCUCCCUGCGGCGCCGCGGGGACUCGGCCGCAGCCCGCCUGGGCUGCAAUCUCCAGUCCUGGUGCCUGAAGCGCUACGACCUCGAGUACUGGGCCUUCCACGACGGCCAGCGCUGCCGCCUGCGGCCCCGCGACGAUCCCUAUCGUCUUGGCGUCUUCCUGGACUACGAGGCCGGUGUGCUCGCCUUCUACGACGUGACCGGAGGCAUGAGCCACCUGCACACCUUCCGCGCCACCUUCCACGAGCCGCUGUACCCCGCACUGCGGCUCUGGGAAGGGGCAAUCAGCAUCCACCGGCUGCCCUAGGGGCUGAGACCUAGUGACCGCUGAGUGGGCGGGCUGCAGCUGCCCUGGUCUCACUGCCUACCCUCCCAUCCCCUCUCCUUCCCCAGCCCUCCCUGCAGUCACACGCAGGACUUGGAACGGUUCCCCUCCUAGGCUAGUUUCAAACCUAAGUCCCAAACACAAGUCGACCUCACCACCACCACUGUCACUUAAUCUAGGUUCUUAAGGGUGACACACCCACAGGUGAGUCCGAGCAUUCUGACCUUGUCACUGUCCUCAGCCUCAUAAGGCACGUACAACCACCCGGCACGCAGUCAGCACACAGUAACUACUUGUGAAUGGAAGAGAGUCACCCUGCCCUCGCUCUGCCAUCCCUAAAGGCCUCCCCACUCCAGCUUGGUCUCUCUGGCC